GGAGAACGUGCUGAAGAACCUGGACGACAAGGCUUUUGACAAGCCCAUCUGCGAGGCUCUCUUAAACCAGAAGUUUUUCAAUGGAAUUGGGAACUACCUCCGUGCUGAGAUCCUGUACAGGUCGAAGAUCCCUCCCUUUGAAAAGGCUCGGACGGUGCUGGAGGCUCUGAAGGAUCAGGAGCAGAAUCCUUCCCUGACGCUGAGCAAGAAGCUGAAGCUGAUGCGGGAGAACCCGGACCUCCUGGAGCUGUGCCACACCGUGCCCAUGGAGGUCAUUGCAGCGGAGAAAAAGCUCUUUGACCCAGACCACGCAGACAACUAUGCCGCUUUCAAGAACUGGCUGCAGUGUUACUUGGUGCCUGGCAUGAGCUCCCUGCGUGACCGCAAUGGCAGGACGAUAUGGUUCCAGGGAGAGCCUGGCCCCAUGGCUCCCAAAGGGCAGACACCCCGCAAGAAGCGUGCUCAGCUGAAGGCAGAUUCUGAGGCUCUGACCCCCAAGGUCACCACACGCGCCUCGAAACGCCGCCCCAAGGCUGCAGCGAAACCCCCAAAGUCAGCUGAGGAAGAGGAGGUGGCUGACGGGCCGAGGAAGGGACGUGCUCGUGGGAGGAGGAAAGCGACUGCUGCUCCGGCCUUGUCUGAGCCUGAGGCGCUGGGCAAAGCCAAAAGAAGCCGCCGGACAUCUGCGCGCAGGGGCAGAGGUGCAGCCCCUGCUGUGUGA